GUUGCUAACAACUUUGCCUCCGGAGGCUGAACAGAGACCUUCCCAGAGGAAACAGAGCGAAAGUCACUAUUUGCUGUGGUGUCGUGGUUAUUUUAGCCCCCCAUUUUGAAGUUGGAUCCUGUCAACAUGCCUCCUGGAAAAUCAGCAACAAGUGUUCACUCUGACUGCAGUGACAUAGACAUUGAUGGAACUGUAGAGGCUGAAAUGAGUAAACUGCAGAGACAGUUCCGCAUAAUGGAAGGAGAUCGGCAGGCGUACAGGCUUCAGUCACAGGAGCUCAUCCGCAAACAGCGCGUGGAGAUGGAGAAGCUACAGGAGGAGCAGGAGGAGCUUCAGAGGAGUCUGCGAGUGUCCCAGAGCCAAACGCGUAAACAAAGAGACAACCAGGAUGUCCAGCAGCUGCAGACUCUCCUGGCCCAGCGAGACCAGCCGGACGAGCAGCUGGAGAGACAGAGAAUUAACCAGACGGAACUGGAGCAAGAGAUCUUAUGUAUUGGGAAGAAACUGGUAGAGAUGAAGAAAGGAGAGGUCAGCGCAUCUAACAGCCAGAAGUCUAUGGCCCGGCAAACCCAGAAGGCCAGUCGCACCCUGGAAAAUAAACUAGAUCGGGCUCUUGUUUGCUUCAAUGAGCAGUUGGCCAAGAACAGCCAGCUAAGAGAGGAGCUAGAGACUCUGCGCAUGGAGAGAGUUCACUUCCAGCAGCUGCAUCGUAGGCUUGACAAGGAGCUUCAAGAAAUCCGACAGGACAUUGGUGAUGUCAUCCGCAUGUCAACAGCAGCUUAUGAUGCCAGAGUGGAAGCCCAGACAAAGAUGACUAUGAUGAAGGAGAAGGCGGUGAAAGACCUGGCGCUGUAUAAUGUUGAGGUGAAGGAGCUGGAGAGGAUUAUUGCCCACGAGCACCGCCUCAAAGAGUUCAUGGCCACUAAAUGCAACGAAAGGAGUGGCCAGGAGGACAUGCAGGACCUCACCCGCAGACAAGAAAUGAAGGAGCAGCGGAGGACAGACACUGGGGAGGAAACAUUGGAGACUCUUGAGGAAGUGUUCCAGAAGAUUCAGAAGGUGACAGGCGAGGUUGACUUGGAAAUGCUGGUCAGCAAAUUUAUCCAGGUUGAGGACAAAAACUUUGCUCUCUUUAACUACGUGAAUGAGCAGAACACGCAGGCUGAGGCUUUGAGAGAUCAAAUUAGUCAGACAGAAGAGGAGAUGGAGAGUUUUCAUGUGAAGGGCCUGCAGCAGGAGCAGGAGCACCAGGCAGCCCUUAGAGAGGUGAAGGAGCAGCAGACAAACACUGAGUCUGAGGCCCUGGAGUCUGAGGAAAAGGCCAACGCCAUCAGCAAGAUCCUGGACCAGAUAAAGACAGGAAUUAACAGUGUGUUUAAUAAGAUUGACUGCGACCGUGCGGUGGUGGAGGAUUUGCUGGGCUCUUCCUCCGGGAUCAGAGACAACAACAUUAUGACCUACCUCAGCCAGGUGGAGCAGAGGACCAAUGAGCUGCUCACUGUACAGGCCUUUAUCAACUCCAAGGACCUGGAUAAGGAUUAUGACCCAAAGUUAAUGGCUCAGUUCCUGCUUGGACAGAGUCCAGCACUACAGAAACAAGCUGCUGGUGUCCAGCCUCCUUUUACAGGGGAGGACUAUGACACUGAAGGGUCACUUAUCACAGAUGAGGAUGACCACCCUUUGACCCUUGAAGAACUCCGCCAGCGCAUCACAAACGGGGUUCUUCAUAAAGAAGCAGGACUUCAUGCUGGCAAGGGCAGAGAGGCCAAGUUUUCUAAGCUCAGCACACUGCCUAACCCCAGACAGCGCUCUUCAGAGCUCUGAGAGUCCAGGCUUUGGGAAAGAAGUUUGUCUUGUGCAUGAAUAAUGCAGAAAAAUACAGAAAUAUGCAUCUACAUAAACUAUAUGCAAAUAUUCCCACCAUAUUCAAUCAUAAACCCCUUGGCCUAUGCUUCCUUAUCAGAGUGACACUGCAGUGUAGCAGCAGAACUGAAGGGGGCAGCAUAUACCUUAGUUGUGAUUUGUAAUGUUUAGGCGCAGAUCUCCCACUGCAGCUUACCAGACUAUGGUCAUCACUCAAUUUAACAUCUAUAUAAUAAAUGGCAAAGCAUCUGACACGGUUAUAAAACCAGUUAACUAAAUCAUCUUUUUGGUGUUUUUAAAAUAUAUAAAUAGACACAAUUGAAAUAGUUCACAUCACAAUUUCCUGGUAUUGUUCUCUUAAAUACGCUCAGGCUGCUAUUGCCAAACAAUGAGUUAUUUCUGAAGGUGUAUUUCUGUAUGACUUACAGCAUAAUUACUUAUUUUAAACACUUAUGUACCCUUGACUAUUUUAAGCUUUCUAUUCAAAGAACACUGGCAGGCAGGAAAACAGGGGUGAGAGUGGACUUAAGGGGAAUAACUCUGCUUUGUAAAGAUUUCUCUAUAAUGCAGUUGUUAAGAUGUAAAGAAAAUCAUUCAGAGUGGUUUGGUGUGAAAUGGCUGAUUGUAGAGAAACUUACCUACUUAAAUUUCUUAACAGCGCACAUAGAAACCGUGAGUCGCAAUGCCUAUAACACAAAUAAAGCCAUUUUAUUUAUCUAAAACGGCCAGUGGACCUACGUGUCUUGCGGUAUAAAUGAGUAGUUAUGUAAUGUUGAGAUUGGCACAACAAGUCUGUAAAACAAUAGGUUUCCUUUAAGGACUAGUUUACGUUACAACACUCUUACCUCUCCACUGUGAAAGAAUUUUAAUAACACGGUUUAGGGCAAAAGCUUGUCUCAAAACUAUAAAAACACUAAAAUUGCCUGUUUCAGGCAUCAGGCCAGCGUAUCUGUAACUAUCUUGUGUAAUAACUUUCUGUGAGGCAUCUUUUAGAGGCAUUAAAUGCUUUGGACGUCUAUGAAAACCGUCUGCGAACAAUUCUUCAUCUGUAUUACUAAAAUGGAUGGAUGGAUGGAUUAAAGUACAAGAGAAAUGAAAUAAAAGUAUA